AUGUUUCGAGCUGUGACGAUUUUUGUUUUAUUCAUACAUAAUGUAAAAGGUGCAUCAAUUACACCGGAAUCUCAAGCAGAAACUGUGGAAUAUCAAAAUACAAACGAUGGUAACGGGAAUUAUUUCUUCAGAUUUGUAACAUCUAAUGGCAUAACAAGACAAGAAAGUGGGCGUCUUGUUAAUGCAGGACAACCUGACGAGCACGUCAACGUGGAAGGUUUUUAUUCUUACACGGAUUCUGAUGGAGUUUUACAAAAAAUAUAUUAUACUGCAGAUGCCAAUGGAUAUUCUAUUCGAACAAAACCACCUCUUGCUAAUAGAAAUUUUUCACCAUCCGCAAGUGUCAUCGCGUCGUUGCUUGGAAAAUGA